CUCUCUCUCUCUCGCCCUCUCCAUCUCUCUCUCCCCUCUCUCUCUCUCUCUUUUUCCCGCUGUUGCGGACACUGAUCCAUAUCGCUCGACGACGCCGGUUCUCACUUCGUCCCACUUCCACACCUUUCCGUGUCUCCCCCCCCUCCCUCCCGCGGUGAUGGCUCUCGGCGCGGCUGCGGUGCGACGCCAGGCAGAGGACGAUGAAGGCGUGCGGCUCGUUUGAUUUUCAUCCUUUCUGUUUAUUUAUGCAUUUAUUUCUUUAUUUAUUUUGCACCCAGUGAAGUCUCGUGCGGGUGGACCGUCGCCUCCUCCCCGCGCGCUCCGAUUCAUUCUUAUUAGAAGUUGUUCAGCCGUCCUGCGCGUGCCAUGACGAUGAAACAGUAAAAUAACACGGAGGAGGAAAAAGAAAAACAGGCCUUUACACACGAACUGGAUAUGGAGUCAGUGAAGGCGAGAGCGACGGCGGGGGUGAAGGAAUUUGCGGGGAAAACCCUGGGUCAUGUUUACAGGGUGAUGGAGAGGAAGCAGAAAAGCGGGGAUGUGAUCGAGAUGACGGAGGACGGGCGGCCCCGCGAGGCCCCGGAGAAGAAAGCCCCGCUGUGCGACUGCACGUGCUUCGGCGCGCCGCGCCGCUACAUCAUCGCCAUGAUGAGCGGCUUGGGCUUCUGCAUCUCCUUCGGUAUCCGGUGUAACCUGGGCGUGGCCAUAGUCAGCAUGGUGAACAACAGCACCGUCCACGAGAACGGCAAGAUCAUCAUCAAAGAGAAAGCCAAGUUCAACUGGGAUCCGGAGACGGUGGGGAUGAUUCAUGGAUCGUUUUUCUGGGGCUACAUCGUGACACAAAUCCCGGGGGGAUAUAUAUCCUCCAGGCUGGCAGCAAACAGGGUGUUUGGUGCAGCCAUUAUCCUCACCUCCACGCUCAACAUGUUCAUCCCCUCGGCCGCUCGGGUGCAUUAUGGAUGUGUCAUCUUUGUGAGGAUAUUACAAGGCCUGGUGGAGGGAGUGACUUAUCCGGCCUGCCAUGGCAUCUGGAGUAAGUGGGCACCUCCACUGGAGAGAAGUCGUCUGGCCACCAUAUCAUUCUGUGGGUCCUACGCUGGAGCUGUGAUAGCGAUGCCUCUGGCUGGGAUCCUAGUUCAGUACACCGGCUGGUCCUCAGUCUUCUAUGUAUAUGGGUGCUUUGGCAUAUUCUGGUACAUGUUCUGGAUCCUUGUGUCUUAUGAGAGCCCUGCUGAACACCCAACAAUCACCGAUGAGGAGCGCUGCUACAUUGAGGAGAGCAUCGGGGAGACUGCCCAGCUAAUGGCUGCUGCUGAGAAAUUCAAAACCCCCUGGAGGAAGUUCUUCACCUCUAUGCCUGUCUAUGCAAUCAUCGUGGCCAACUUCUGCAGGAGCUGGACCUUCUACCUGCUGCUCAUCAGUCAACCUGCAUAUUUUGAGGAAGUGUUUGGCUUUGAGAUAAGUAAGGUUGGCAUUCUGUCCGCUCUUCCCCACCUGGUGAUGACCAUCAUUGUGCCCUUUGGCGGCCAGCUGGCUGACCACCUGCGCAGCAAUAACAUCCUGUCAACCACCAAUGUCAGGAAAAUCAUGAACUGUGGAGGAUUUGGCAUGGAGGCGACGCUGCUGCUGGUGGUCGGAUAUUCCCACAGUAAAGGAGUGGCCAUAUCGUUCCUGGUGUUAGCAGUGGGCUUCAGUGGCUUUGCUAUAUCUGGUUUUAAUGUCAAUCACCUGGAUAUUGCUCCACGUUACGCCAGCAUCCUAAUGGGGAUUUCUAACGGUGUGGGCACGCUGUCUGGCAUGGUGUGUCCCCUGAUCGUUGGUGCUAUGACAAAAAACAAGACACGAGAAGAAUGGCAGUAUGUGUUCCUGAUUGCCUCCAUGGUACAUUACGGGGGCGUGAUCUUCUAUGGCUUAUUCGCGUCGGGGGAGAAACAACCGUGGGCCGACCCGGAGCUGACCAGCGAGGAGAAGUGCGGCUUCAUCGGCGAGGACGAGCUGGCAGAGGAGACGGGCGACAUAACUCAGAAUUACGGCGCACUCGGAGGCCCGGCGAAGACGUACGGCGCGACCACGCAGGUGAACGGAGGCUGGGCUGCUGGCUGGGAGAAGACGGAAGAGUACAUCCAAGAAGAAGCACAGGGAGGAGGAGGAGGAGGAGGAGGAGGGGGGUAUGGAUACAGGCAGGAGGAGGGAUAUUCUUAGACCAAAACACACAUUCAUUGACAUAUGAGUAGACCUAUUUUCCUGAGUGUGUAUCUGUUUAGUCAUAAAAAAAAAAUGCCAACAAAUGAGAAACACUACAAUCCAUUAUUGUGAGCUCAUGUUUGCACAAAUUAUUACA